GUGAAGUGUGUCUUGGUGAACAUUUUCGGUGGAAUUGUUAACUGUGCAACUAUCGCCAACGGAGUGGUAGCAGCAUGUCGGAAAAUCAAAAUGCACGUUCCACUUGUGGUUCGAUUGGAAGUAUGGUACUCCCUGACUGGAAUAUCUACCUUUGUCAAAGUCACCGUGAUCUGCAGCCCUUCCGCUCGGUUUGGUGAUGCACAGAACAGCUCUCUGGGUCGUAAACUUCCAAAUCCUACAGCAAAUUUUGGUCGCGCUUUCAGCCUGGCGUUUUUGGAGCAGAGGUAA